CUGCAGCCUCUACCUUUAGAAGUCCAACACUCUUUUAUUAUAAAACGCUUCUCUGUCCUUCCCAUUCUAUUUAUGGAAUACACAAGAUUCCUUUCUACUCAUGGACUCCCUAUCUUCUCUCUGUGUUUGGAUGGUUAGUCAUUUUCUUCCUUCUUGAUAUUAAAAGCAAAGCACUCUAUACACAGUCCUCACACCUUGUACAAGUGUGCUCUGCAGCUAGGAUAUGACUUGGGCUGAGUUUCAGGGCCACACCUACUGCACAUUUCAUGGUUAGAUGGAAAUGGCCUAUUGUCCUCAAAUCUCCAGAACUUUCUGUAAAUUCAUCAACUGGGAAGGGGUUGUGUUCUGCAGGUGGCCUUGAAUGAUGCUGCUGGUCAUUUUGUGGUUAUUCACACCGCUAGAUUUAAACUGUGUCUCUGUACAUUAAUUUGUCUUUCCUGAUCAUGUACCUGCAGAGGAGCAGCCAGAGAAUUAAGGAAAGAAUUCCUGUUCUGUCACCCAAAGGCACUGGCCCGAUUAGAAAGCAGGAGGAGAAUAAGCUGGGAACAUGAGCCUGACAUCUGGACCUGAGUGUCACCUGGGGAGGGGACUUCACAAGUCCAUGUUCAUGUCCUGUCCAUCUUCAGAUGGUAGCUGGGUAUCAAGCUGUUCACGUUUUCUUUUAUAAACCUAGUAGAAAUUCAAGAAAGAGCUAUAACAGGCUCCAGUUCCUUUCCAUCACUUGUUUCCUCCUCUGCUCCAGCCUGGACACCGUGUGAGUUGUAAGGGAAACUCUGAAACGCAGAAGCUGACGCCAUGGCCGGCCUAUCCUCCACAGAAUUCAAGAAUUUCAUUGAGAAUGUCCAUAAGUGUAUCACAGACUCCAUGAGUACAGAUGAUCUGCAGAGUCUGCUGACUCAUGAUACCACCUGGAACGUGUUUGUGAAAGAAGCUGAACUGUCCAGGGAUGAAGCAAAGGAGUUGAAUGAUUAUUUGAAGAAACAUACAGCAAACAACAAAAUAGUGGACCAAAAAAGACUCCCAGAAGAUAUCGUGGGUAGGGAGAAGUUUUUGGAAAUAUUUCCUAAGGUGAAAGCAGAAAUUGAGUCAUGUAUACAAAAACUUCAAGAGCUUGCGAAAGAGAUUGAUGAGACACACAAGGGUUGCACCAUCUCCAACGUGGCCACCAGCUCUGUUGGGGCCUUCUCUGGAGUCAUGAGCAUCGCUGGCCUGGUUCUAGCUCCCUUCACAGCAGGGGGCAGUUUGCUGCUCUCAGCAGCUGGAGCAGGUAUAGGAGCACUGUCUGCUGCAUCUGGCAUUACCACUACCAUCGUAGAAGAAAUAAACACAUACUCAGUGGAAUCUAAAGCCAAAAGUAUCCUGUCAAUCAGUGAGGACAGAGUGAGGGAAUUGCUAAGGGUUGUGCUUAAAGCUAAACCUGAAAUUUUUAAAAAUUAUUUUAAAUUAAUCAGUAACAUUAAAAGGAUGGGGAGGAACAUCCGUGCUCUCAGGAGAGCCCUAACCGAUCCGUGGUUAGCACAAGAUGCCAUUCAUGUCAUAACCACCGGGGUACUCUCAGCUGAAAGGGCUGAGCGCUUGGGGAAAGCAUUAAAAGGCACCGUCUUGUCACUGAGCAAAGGAGCCCGGAUCGUGGGUACAGUGAUAAAUGGUUUUUUUCUUGGGCUGGAUGUGUACGACAUUGUGAAAGACUCAAAGCAUUUGCAAGAAGGGGCAAAGGCACCCCUAGGUGACGUGCUGAGGCAGAAGGUUCAGGAACUGGAGGAGGAGUUGGAGAGCCUCUACCAGAUCGAUAGGAUUUUAAGUCUGACCCACUGACCCCUCCCCACAAAAAUGCAUAGUUAAGGGUACGUGUUCUGGACAGAGUCAUGGACAGAUGCAGACAUUAUAAUAGGGGGAAAGGUAUGAAAUCAAGACCAUGCAACUAGAUAUUAAGGGACUUAGCAUUUUUUAUGGGUGACCACAGUGAGGAAGGGGUUAAUGCAGAUUAGUUUGGUUAAAGGGAAGGCAAGAUGCAAGGGUAGUUCAACAAACGAAAAUAAACAUACAUGGUGUAGCACAUAAAUAAGAGAAAGGAUUAAAACUGUAUCAUCUCAUUUGAUGCAGAAAAGGCCUUCACAAAAUUCAACCUCAUUUCCUGAUAAAAGCCUGAAGGAUCUAACAAGAGCAGGAUUAUACCUCUAGAGUUUAUUUACCACAAAUCCACAAAGCCCAUCAUUCUGAAUAGAGAAAAACUGAAAGAACUUAUUCUAAAAUUGGGAACCAGGUGAAGUUGCCCACUUACUCUACUGCUAUGCAGUGUAGCUCUUGGAAUUUUAGACAGAGAAAGAAAGAAAAGAGAAAGAAAAACAAUGUACAUACGAGAAGAAUAAGAAGAAAACACAAUGCCUAAGUCAAAUUAUUCAUAUUUGUAGACAACAUGAAUUUUUGUUCAGAAAUUCUGAACCCCACCAAAAGACAUUUAUAAUUAAUAAACAACUUAAACAAAGUAGCAGGAAAACAAUCAACCUGAAAAAAAUCAAACACAUAUGUAAACGCCCAUAAUGAGCUACCUGAUGAACAAGUCACGGAAACAAUUGCAUUCACAAUGCUAUCAAAAAAAGAUAAAAA